AUCACGCUUGCUGUAUUAACAGUUAGUUUCACGAAAGUUUUUUGGUGAUAUACUAUUAAUAUGAGCUUCGUUGGUAUGUUUUAAGACCUUCCUGAUAGUAUUUUUAUUUUCCAAGUCAAUUGAAUGAGAUGUCCACUAAUGAAACAAAAAUAUCGUAUAUUUUUAGUAGUGGACAAGAGGUGGCCACAACUAGUGAAAAUGAACUUUUCACUUUUUAAUCAGUAUCAAGUCAAAAAUUAAAUCACCUAAUGUUAAGUAACAUACAGUAUUGAUUCAAGCAUUUUUUGGUUACUCUGUCUAGUCAUGGACAGGGGUGUUCACUAUUAAACCGUGAAUGUCCGUUUAUUGAAAUGAGGUGUUUCAAUAGUGGACAAAACAUGCGGUUAACUCAGGCAUGGACUUUAAGGAUCCAUUCAUAUAUUCAUGAUAUUCAUAAUGACUACCACUAUCAAAAUGAAAGACCUAGUACUUCAAACACUGGCAAUACCAUUGUUGCCACAAGUACACACAAUAGCCGCAAUAACAGUCAGAUCUCUGAAACAGUACCUAGUCCUUUCAAAAGGUCACUUCUCUGGCCAGAACCCAGGGAAAUCACUAACAAAAGGAAGAAAAAGGAAAUCAUACCUUCUGUAGUUACGUCAAAAGCUUGGCAGGAAUAUUAUGAAAAUAAGGAAAAGAAGAAAAUAGUGGAACUAGAACUGAAAAGGGAGAGAGCUUUGGCAAGACAGAGAAAGAAGGAAGAACAGACUGCUGAGAAUAAAAGGAAAGCUGAAGAGAAAGCUAUGAAAAUGAAAAUGAAGACUACAAAGCAACGAAAGAAGAAAAUGAGAAAGGAAGAGACAUCAUCAGAAGAUGAAGGUUCUUGGAUUCCCUCGGAUGGUAGUAGUACAAACGAUGUUACGUUAGAUGUAGAAGACACUAUGCAGUUUCAGGAAAAUAUUGAACCCCCUUCAAACGAAACUAUUGGACCAAGUUCAGCAAUUAAGGAAUCGAAAGAUACAGAAGAAAGGGGAGAAAGUAUUGAAGGGACUUUAAAUUGGACUCGGAGGAAGGAUAUGUCCGAAAGACACAGUCGGAAUACCAUUGAAAAGGAAAGGGAAUCAAACAUCCUGCAUGAGAAUGAUUUUGUAGUUGCCACCUUGUCUGGUAAGAAAAGAAAGUACAAAUGUGUGUGCAAAAUUACCAGUUUAAUCAGUGAUAAUAUCGCAGAAGUGAUUGUGUUUAAUUCCAUAAAUAGGAUGAAAAGCGUAUUUGCUAAAAAUGAAAAAGAUGUACAAACGAUAAAUAUUUCUCAAAUUGACUUGAGGCUUCCUAAGCCUCUAAUUUUUGGAAGAGAGAGUCACUGUCAAUUCUCGAAAGGCAUUGACAUAGAUAAGUAGUUCAACACAAAUUAACAAUGCAACAAUAUUUCCUUAAACUAUGCUGACGUUAAUAUUUGAGUUCUCCUAAAUGUAACUUAGAACCCAGUUUUAUACUAUUAUUUUUAAGUGUUUAAUAUUGAGUGUAACAAUAAUCCAUUCCAGUAUGUUAAAACUGAUCUCAUUUAUUUCAACAUUUGUAUUCGUUAAGAAUAAUGUAACAAUAACAAAAUAAGAAAGUUUCUUAUACUAACUUUAUUUAUGUUUCAUAAUACUUAUUAGUUCAAUUUUCAUAUAAACAUUACAAACUAUACACAUGUAAUUUACAUUUGUACAAUUUGAUAUUUUAAUUAAUUUAAUUUAAUUAUGAGUUUUCAUUAUAAUUAACACAGUGUUCUUGUUCUUUAUAGUAAAGACUGUCAAAUUCUGCAAGUUGUGAAAAAUAAAAACGAUUUCAUCUUGAAUAUAAUCAUUUCUAUAUUCCUUGUCCACUACUG